GUCAGCUCAAGUUUGUCACCCUAAUACAUAUUAUGUCCUAUACUUUACAUUCAUAUAAUGUCCUAUACUUUACGUAUAACAUCCUACACACACAUACAACGAUACACAGCUAUAUAGCGCAAUACAGAGCUAUAAACAGCUAUACAGGGCUAUAAACGGCUGUACAGAGCUACACACAGCUAAACAGAGUUAUAAAGGGGGUAAGUUUCUAAAGAAACUGUGGUGCUGCGUCGAUGGGAGAGUAUAGCAGGUAAUUCACUCUGACGAAGGGCUAACGCUCGAAACGUCAGCUUUUUUAUUCUUUACGGUGGCCAAUUUACGUUUUCAACUCAGUUGUUAACAUUAAAUUACCUGCUAAACAGAGCUAUAAACAGCUAUACAGGGCCAUAUAAGGCUAUACACAGCUAUAAAGGGCUAUACAGAGCUAUACUAAUCUAUACAGCGAUACAGAGAUAUACACAGCUAUACAGGGCUAUACACAGCUAUACAGAGCUAUACACAGCUAUACAGAGAUACACAACUAUACGGGGCAAUAAACAGUUUUACAGGGCUAUAUACAGCUAAGCAGAGCUAAACACAGCCCUGCAAGGCUAUACACAGCCAUACAGGGCUAUACACAGCUAUACGCGGCAGUAAAGGGCUAUACACAGCUAUAAAGGGCUCUACACAGCAAUACAGAGCUAUACACCCCUAUACAUGGCUAUAAUAGCCAUACAGAGCUAUACAAAGCUGUACAAAGCUAUACGCAGUUAAACAGAGCUAUACAGGACUAUACAGGACUAUACAUAGCUAUACAGGGCUAUACACAGCUAUAUAAAGCUAUACGCAGCUAAAUAAGGCUAUGCACAACUAUACAGGGCUAUACAGGGCUAUACAGGGCUAUACACAGCUAUACAGAGAUACACACAGCUAUACACGGCUAUACUAGGCUAUAUACAGCUAAACGGAACUUUAUACAGCUAUACAGAGAUAUACAUAACUAUACAGAACAAUGCGCAGCUAUACAGGGCUAUACACAGCUAGAAAGAGCUAAACACAGCUAUACAAGGCUAUACAAAGCUAUACAGGGCUAUAAUAGCCAUACAGAGCUAUAUAAAGCUGUACAAAGCUAUACGCAGUUAAACAUAGCUAUACAGGACAAUACAGGACUAUACAUAGCUAUACAGGGCUAUACACAGCUAUAUAAAGCUAUACACAGCUAAAUAGAGCUAUGCACACCUAUACAGGACUAUACACAGCUAUACAGAGAUACACACAGCUAUACACGGCUAUACUGGGCUAAAUACAGCUAAACGGAACUUUAUACAGCUAUACAGAGAUAUACAUAACUAUACAGAGCAAUGCGCAGCUAUACAGGGCUAUAUGAAUAAAGGGGUAAGUUUCUAAAGAAACCGUGGUGCUGCGUCGGUGGGAGAGUAUAGCAGGUAUAGCAGAGUAUAUAGAGAGUAUAGCAGCCCUGUACAGCCAGGUAUACCCAGCUAUACACGGCUGUACAGGGCUAUACACAGCUAUACAGGGUUAUACACAGCAAUGCAGGACUACACAUAGCUAUACAGUGCUAUGCACAGCUAUACAGGGCCAUACGUAGCUAUACAGAGCUAUAUGCAGCUAUACAAGGCUAUACACAGCUACACAGGGCUAUACCCAACUAGACAUGGCUGUACAGGGAUAUGCACAGCUAUACAGGGCUAUACAUAGUUAUACAGGGCUAUACACAGCAAUACAAAGCUGUACACAAAUAUACAGAGCUAUACACACCUGUAUAGGGCUAUAAAGGGCUCUACACACCUAUACAGAGCUAUACACAGCUAUAAAGAGAUAUACCCAGCUAUACAUGGUUGUACAGGGAUAUACACAGCUAUACAGGGCUAUAUAUAGUUAUACAGAGCUAAACACAGCAAUACAAGGCUAUACACACCUUUACAUGGCUAUACAUAACUAUACAGGGAUAUACGCAGCUAUACAGAACUAUAUGCACCUAAACAGAGCUAUGCACACCUAUAAUUUCUGCAGGCUUUGAAUUGAAAUAGCAUUACUUUUAAUAAUUUUAUUGUUACACCUUACUCAAGGAUCAGUUUUUCAUCAUGAUGAGUAUAAAAAUGCCAUAAAAUGGAUUUUCUUAAAAUUUAUUGAAUUCUUAUUCUGGAAUAGGCUGUAAAUACCACUUAAGUGCUCAAGUGAUUGUAGAAAACCUGCAGAGCUAAACGAAAAAUGUUAUUCAAUACUUAGUUGUUAAUUCAAAUGUCAGCAAUUGAACCACAAUAGUUUUCUGAAUUUCUCUUAUAUCAGUGAUAGUUCUGCAUUCCCUCAUUGACGGCAUUCUCUCUUUUACUUGUUUUAAAAGUGUGUUAUCAAAGAAAUAAACACGUGAAAAAUGCAAUUUAUGUAUAGUUGUGUAUAGCUCUGUAUAGCUCUUUAUAGCUGUGUAUAGCCUUACAUGGCCUUUUAUAGCUGUGUAUAGCUGUGUAUAGUUGUUUAUAGCCCUGUAUAGCUGUUUAUGGCUCUUUAUUGCGCUGUAUAGCUGUGUAUGGCUGUAUCUAGUCUUGUUUUGCAAUGCAUAUGUGUGUAGGAUAUUAUAUGUAAAGUAUAGGACAUUAUAUGCAUGUAAAGUAUAGGACAUAACAAUUCCUCAUACAUGACCUACUUACUUGUUUUCCCGCCAAAUUGGAACAUUAUUCUGUGAUUUCAUCAUUCGAAACGUUUGGUACGAGGUGAGUAGGUUUGAUAAUUUGAUGAUUUGAUCAUUUUCGCUGUAGAGAGCCCAAAAAAUGCUCGAGAGAAGUUCAAUGACAAGAUCGGAAAUUAAUUUAAUGUUUUAAAAUAUUAUGCUGUUGUCGGGGGUUUCGAUAACUUCGAUAAGCAAUGCCGAUGGUGAAGUAUCUCGGCGGCUGUGCACUUAAAACCCAAACACGAGAGCUUGCUUGCAAAGGUCUUACAGGCGGCAGUAUAGACAGCCGGUAACCGGCUUCUUAUGAAAACCCCGGCUGUCGAACAAUUGGAGUUCUGUGAAAGGGACAAAGGACGUAAAACGAACGCGCUCGCUAAAAGCAGAUCUGUAGCCAUUCUUCUGACAUCAAUAAUUCAGCACUUAGCAUAUAUCGUUUUUAUUACUGGAAUCUCUUGCAUGGCUAAAUGUAUCUGCUGAUUUAUCCUGCACGCUCGAUUCUAACUUUAAUAAGACACGCGGUUGUUUUGACCGAACGCACAAUGUCACUCGCAUGGUUUCAAUAAAUUAUUUUUGCACUUGAUACGCGCGCUUUGCUUCUGGAUAAUUGUGAUAAGCUAUCUCGUAUUUUUUCAUGUAUAUCAUUAAUACGUAAAGACAUGAUUUUUCACGUGCAAUUUGGAAUGAAUAACCACAAAUUGCACUCGCCCUACGGGCUCGUACAAUUUUGUUAGUCUUCGAAAAAUUUUACUCGCGCUUAUUUAUUCCAAAUUGCAUUCGAAAUCACGUGAUUACCUCUACAAAGUACAUGUACUAAAAAUAAUCAAAAAAUUUAUGUCUUAUUACAAAUGUAUUCAGACAUAUGAUGCAAGAGCUCAGUCAAUGGAGCAUUCCAUUGCAUUGCUAAAGAAAAGGACUGCAAGCAGAUUUCCACUAAGAAGUAUAAAUGGGUACUGAAUAACUGUUUGUACAUUUUAUGGUAUGCUUGGAGGCCUGGGGAAGCAUUGCUUGAGAAGCCUUGUUUUCCCUUCAGGAGGAUGAAAAUCUCUGCAAUUUACUUCAACCCCUAACACCCUAACAUCGGUAUGCAUACUCUGGGAGGCUUGGGGAAGCAUUGCUUGAGAAGCCUUGUUUUCCCUUCAGGGGGAUGAAAAUCUCUGCAAUUUACUUCAACCCCUAACACCCUAACAUUGGUAUGCAUACUCUGGGAGGCCUGGGGAAGCAUUGCUUGAGAAGCCUUGUUUUCCCUUCAGGAGGAUGAAAAUCUCUGCAAUUUACUUCAACCCCUAACACCCUAACAUCGGUAUGUAUACUCUCCAUACUAUUCUCUGUAUAUUUCCUGAGAUGCUGACAAGGAGAAUUUGUUUAACAAUCAAGAGCUUCUUUAUAUGGUGAUCAUUUCCUUUAUUCUCAAGACCUUAAAAGUGUUUGCUUUGGGGGUGACAUUGUAAGGGGAAAAAGGACAAUAGUCACUCUUAAAGGUUAAAGAGUUCAAGCUGGGAAAAAAAGGGUACAAAUUAAGCAGAUUGAUGCAUUUCACUCACAGUCAGACUUGUCUCUCUUUAAGGCUUUUAAUACAACUGCAUCAGGAUGUUGUCAGGCACCGAUACAUGUAUGAAUAAUGACAAUACUGAAACUUGCAUACUGAAGAAAGAACCUAUGAAGACACAAAAACAUGAUGAAAUGCAGUACCUGGAGUUAAUUCAACACAUCAUUGAUCAUGGGUCAAAGAAAGAGGACAGAACAGGUGAGAUGGAAGAUCAAAAAUAUACAGCACCAUACUGUUUACUAGUCAAAGAAUUAUUAACAUGCUUUAGAGCAUGCAUGAUCAUCACCUUUGAACAAUAACAAAAUAUUGUUGGAACAAUAAAAGUAAAUUUUUCAAAGUGAAAUUACUUCUUCUGCAAGGAAAAGAAUAGGCUUGAAAAUCUUAAGUGGUGAUAGAUCAAGAAAUCUGACCUUUUAGAAGCUUGUUGGCCUGCACAUCACAAGGUAAAAAACAUUCCUACCAAAAUUAUCUCAGCUUUUGGUGAUUGAGAGUUAACAUUUUACUCAAGCAAUUUGUGAAUACAAAACUACAGUCAACAAGUGUAUAGCGAGUAAUUUGUUCUAAAUUAACAGUAUCCUUAACCACUCACAGGUACAGGAACCCUCUCCAUUUUUGGAGCCCAGAUGAGAUUUAGUCUACGUAACAAUGUAUUUCCUCUUCUAACAACAAAGAAAGUGUUUUGGCGUGGAGUCGCCGAGGAGCUUCUUUGGUUUGUCAGUGGUUGUACAAAUGCAAAUGAGUUGAGCAAGAAGGGAAUUCAUAUCUGGGAUGCAAAUGGCUCAAGGGAAUUUCUUGACAAACAAGGUAAUUUCAAAUUGCAAAUAGAACAAAUUUGUUUCAUUUAAUUACCAGCAAAUAGCUGUUGGUGUAAGAUGGUAAAGUUUCACUUUUACAACAUAAUACAAUAAAGACCAAACUUUUAUUUUUUGAAAUUUAGUAAUUGUGAAUAAUAAAUAAUUUUAAUACUUAUAUAGCGCAAUAUACAUAUGGAUAUGAUCUUAUGCCCUUUAAAACAACUGAAAUAAAAUAAGUAAACCGAACAAUUAAAACACUGAACAUAACUUUGUAUCUGGAGAUACAAAAUAUCACUCACAGGUACAGGAACACACUCCAUUUUUGGGUCCAGAUGAGAUUUAGUCUAUGCAACAAUGUAUUUCAUCUUCUAACAACAAAGCAAGUAUUUUGGCAGGGAAUUGCCGAUGAGCUUCUUUGGUUUGUCAGUGGUUGUACAAAUGCAAAUGAGUUGUGCAAGAAGGGAAUUCGUAUCUGGGAUGCAAAUGACUCAAGGAAAUUUCUUGACAAACAAGGUAAUUUCGACAUGAAAAUGGAACAAGUUUGUUUCAUUUACCAGCAAAUAGCUGUCAGUGUAAGAUGGUAAAGUUUCACUUUUACAACAUAAUACAAAAAAGGCCACACUUUCAUUUUUUGAAAGUUAAUAAUUGUGAAUAACAAUAAUUUUAAUACUUUAAUAGCACAAUAUACAUCUUGAUAUAAUCUAAUGCCCUUUAAAACAACUGAAAUAAAAUAAAUAAAAAACUUAACAUAAAUUUGUAACUGCAGAUCUCACCAUCAUUGAAAUUACUAUCUCAAAAUGAUCUUAUCUAAUACUUGCCAUUUAAAAACUAAUGUACAAUACUUAAAAAGCAAAAUAUUGAUCUUAAAUAUAUUAAUGAUAUGAAAGUAUAUAAUAGUAAAAUGCCAAAAUCCUAGAUUGAGUUAGCUGUCAGAGUAAGAUAGCUAAAUUUCAUUUUACAUCAUAAUACAAUGAAGACCCCACUUUCAUUUUUUUCAUCCCACAAUCUGGGAUGGAAAAAUGUGGUCAUGAUAAUUAUUAUAGGGUUAUUGCAUGACUUAAAAGUGAUGAAUAAUUAUGUGACUUUUCCCAAUAAUAUCCACACAUUAUUUGGCAAACAGGUAAUGAAAAUACUUAUCAGGUAGAAGCUGUUAUCUUGAUCUAACAUCAAAUUCUUGUAACAAAUUUGCAAUGGAAUGUGUAGUUGUUAGAGGGGAGAAUGAACAAGCAGAUCUUUGGGGUUAAAAGGGUAAACAGGUUGGGUAUUAUGAUGGGGCUUGGCCCAUAUUUCAAACCAAACUUCCAGGUUUAUGAUCUUUUUAAUUUUUAGGUUUGCAACACAGAGAAGUUGGUGACCUUGGUCCAGUGUAUGGAUUUCAGUGGCGUCAUUUUGGUGCCACCUAUGAUGACAUGCAUACAAACUAUGAUGGCCAAGGAGUGGAUCAGUUGGCUGAUGUGAUUGACAAGAUAAAAAAUAACCCUGAUGACAGGCGGAUUAUAAUGUCAGCCUGGAAUCCUGUUGGUAAUAAAAACAACAGUGUUAUUUAUACGUACCUGUGUAUUGAUAAUCAAUCAGAAUUGAACUCCAAUUAGCUUUUUCGGGGGGUGGGGGAAGGGAUGAAAUUUUAGGGUUUGAGGGCUAUAAUUUUGAUGAAUUAUUAAUAAAAGACAAAGAAAAAAUGAAUUUAUUUAUAAAUUGAUCUAAAUGAUACUUUUGAUUGUUCCAAGACUCAUUUCAAACCAGUCAUGACUCCUUUAACAGAAAAUCUGCUUUGUCUUCUGGUAAAAUCUCUUGAAAAAAGAAAUAAUUAUGUUUGAGACAAUUUCAACCUCCCGUAACUUAAAAUUUAAAUAAUACUGUGGAUUAUUCAGCUUAUGUGCUCUUUAGAAAACUGAUAAUUAUUUGUAAAUGGUUCUCAUUCAAUCAACAGAUUUACCUAACAUGGCUCUUCCACCAUGUCACUCAUUUGUCCAGUUCUAUGUCUGUAAUGGAGAACUUUCCUGUCAGCUUUAUCAAAGAUCUGGGGACAUGGUAUGUAAUCUGCAAGAAAUAGUUGAGAAGAUCACAACCACUUUGUUGUGGUCCUGUCUUUGUGUAAAAUUUUCAUCAAGAUCUAUCAAACUUGGAGAGAGGAGAUUGAACCAGAGUGCCUUACCUGCCACUUUUACAGAAUAGACUAACUACUAAAUAAAAUGUUGAAUUGAAUGAUUUGUGAUCAAACCUAACUCCUAAUUUAGAGCUAUGUGUAGAUGUUCAGAGUAUCAAAAGACACUUUGGGAAAGGUAGAAACAAUCUUAUAUUGCAUAGUGGAUUUUUUUUUCAUUUCCAGGGUCUCGGAGUACCUUUUAAUAUUGCCAGCUAUUCACUGCUGACCUACAUGAUUGCCCAUGUCUGUGGUUUGAAGGUAAGAUCCUUAUCUUUUCAAUGCAUUUUGUUGAUAAAUAUUGUAAUUUUUUGUCAAUAAGUAUGUGUUGUACAUGUGGCCUGUUUUAGGACAUGACAAAGGGACUCUCUCCAGCUUUCAAGCACAGGCAACUUAGUAAACCUAGAAUCAAACAUCUUGACCAUCAACUGAUUUUUAUUUUUUGGCCUCACUGAAUAAAUUUUACCAUCAAUGUUUCUCUCUAGCCUGGUGACUUUGUGCACACGCUGGGAGAUGCACAUGUGUACCUGAAUCACAUUAAAGCUUUGAAGAAACAGGUGAGAACAUUUACACAAAAGGGGAAUAAACGUUGUAUGGUGUUUGACAAAUAAAAAACAACUCAGUGAAAACUUGAUCUCAGUCUCCAUUGCCUCAAAUACGAUUGUCACCCUAUCUGUAAAGGAAAUUUACAGACAUGUUUGUUUCACCUGAUAUUUUACCAAAUGAAAUAUUUUGUUUCCACAGCUUCAAAGGGAGCCUCGCCCAUUCCCAACCUUAGAGAUUGCACACGAUGUCCCAGAUAUCGACAGCUUCUCGCUUGAUAAAUUUAAGAUCACUGGAUAUGACCCACACCCAACUAUCAAAAUGCAAAUGGCUGUCUAAAGUUGAAUGCACUUGUGAAUACAUUACUCUUUAAAUUAAUCUUAAUAGGAACUUGUGUUUGUUAAAAGAAUACUGCAUUAUAUAUGAUUGUUAAAUCCCUCAGGGUUUCAAGCUAAACUUCUUUAAAGUUGCCAUUUGGCAACCUUAAAAUUAGAGAAUGGUCCUUGAAAAAAAAACAAAAAGAAAAAGAGAAGGAAGAAGAACAUUUUUUCAAAUAUUGCAAACUAUUUCAAGCAAGAACUGAUCUUAUUUGAUACUUAAAAUCAUACACUGAAAAAUGAAAAUGUUACAAUUUUGCGAACAAGUAUUUUUCUAGAAUAGAGUGUACACUUUCCUAUUUCUGCACAGUUGGUAUUAAAAGUUAUCUCUUUUUUUUACUGUCUUGAGCAUGGGGUCAUUUCCCAAACUGUGGCUGAUUUCAUGCCAAGAGGCAUAAUUAAGUCUAAUACAGGAAUGCUGUACCUGAAGGCCACACCCUUGCCUUUUUGUAAACUACUUUUGAUCAACAAGGUACAUGCUGAUCCUAUUAAUAUUUCUGAUGAGGAUUAAUACUAUCAACAUUGAAGUUUCCUAUCAUACUGUUCAGCCAGAGAAUUAUUAUAAUUAUAAUUAAUUAUAUUACAGCCAAAUUCUUUGGUCCUAAUGCAUACAUGUAGGUCUUUUUAGUACAAUGCCCAACGAUGGGGUAUAAAUUCAUUAAAUUAAGCCCCAGAGUCUUAGCUAACGAGGUCCUAAGGUGCCUGAGGAAACCCCUUUCUCCCUCCUUUCUGAGAAAGGGUUGUUUAUAAUAUCUAACUUUUGUGUCAAUAAAAUGCUGAAGCCAGACCCUCAUUAGACUUUUCUCGGUAGCAGAACUAUAUGAUACAAAAAUGAUGAGACACACAAACUAUUUAGGUCUUAAUACAUGAUUAAUGCAUAAAAUUCAUGUUCUAUGCAAGUUUGUGUACCAAGACGUUCUAAAUACCAAAUAUUCCAUAAGGGCUCUCUGUGGAGUUAACCAUAUGCUGAACAGCUAACACAAUUUCAGCACCAGAAGCCAACCGCUCAAAAUACUGGGAAAGAGAAAUCAGCUGGUUAUUCUGUUCUUUGCUUGAUUUUCUUUGGUGUAAUGAGGAAGUAAUUGGGUGACAGCUAUGUCAACGUGACAAACUGUAGCAAUGUCACGCACUGCGUGACUGAGGAGAAAAUUAAACGCAGAAGCCUGGGGGGAGUACGAUGUUCGCCAGCCAUUUUGAAAAAGUUUAGUCUUCACACGAGUCAAAUAUAUGAAGAUAGUAGCGUUUCUCUGAUGACAAUUUGUACAUUUUACAGAUCAUCGGGCUUAUUGACAGCCUAGAG